AUGAAAGGUGACAAUACAUUUCGUUUUAUGAGAUAUAGAGAUGAAAUUAAAAGGAAGGUUGUUGUAUCAUUUAAAACCAAUCACUUUGAUGGCGAGGAUUCUUUAGAUAGUUAUUUUGCUUCAGCCGUUGAGAAGUGGACAGAUAGUAGUUCAAGUGAACAAUUCAUUGCAUUCCGGAGGAAGAUCGCUCCAUACGUCUUAAGCCUGAAGUUAAUUAUUUUUCAUCAAGAUUUAAUAUGUCAAGAGCUGAAAACAUUUUGGGAACAGUUAGGUGAUACUUGUUUGCCACCGGCUUUAGAUCUAGUCGCUAAUUUGGCAUGUGAUAUUAGGGAGGAUUUUUUCAACCACAUUGAUGAUUUUUUACCCCUGGUUGUUGGUGCCAUAAUAAGGAAUUCGAAGAAUGCAGAGUUUCUGGCUCACUGUUUCGAUUGCUUGUCACAUUUGGUUUAUUUCUUACAUCGACCCAUGGUUAAGAACAUUCGGAAAAUUUUAAAGUUCCUUAUGCCCUUACUAUCUCACUGCUCUUCUGACAUCCCAAGGUUUACAGCUGAGUGUUUAGCCUUUUUGUUCAGAAAGUUUGGGGAUAAAAUUGCGUUGUUUCAUACUUUGGAAGAAAUGAUUGAAAAUCCUGAGUGCCUUGGAGCUGUGUUAGUAGAAAUGUUGUCAGGUGUCGGUGAAAAAGUGCAUACGACUUCUUUGGAGAUUCUUCCUUGUUUAUUAGAUUCUCUGUUUAGCUCAAGCUACGAUCGUAAACAAUCUGUACAGUUGGAUUGUGAUAGCUACAAAAACAAUAAUAACUCGCCAGAUGUUAGUAAUGCCUCCAUGAAUAUGACAAGUCCACCGAACGACUGCUGUUCAGUUCCGAAAAGCAUUGUUGCUGUUAGUUAUUCACUGUCACAAUUGGUAAAGCGGUCUCCAUCUUCUGAACAAAUAAACUACGUUAUUCAACAUUUGACCCGUCAAUGCCAGCGCUUAUCAACUUCUCCUAAUCUUCAGUAUUUUCGCGAAUAUCUCACACUUCUGACUAGUUUCAUCCAGUCACUUGCAAAAUCUGAAUUUAUGUCUUUAUUUGAAGAAAAUAUUAGCAAGAUCCUUAUAACUUUGAACAACUGUUAUUCAUCAUCAGACGUGCUCAACUUAUGUUGCGUUUUCCUACAGUCUGUAUCUACAAGAUACAAUCCUUAUGACUUCGUAAAAUCAGUAAUUCAGUGUAAAACUCAAACAUUAGAAAGUCGGUUUGAACUUUUGAAAAACUUGGCAAAUUGGCAAUACUUUGAUAGAAAAUAUAAAUUCCUAUUUCACUCCAUAAUGCGAAAAAAAAAUCACACUCUCAAUACACAAUUUCAUUUUCCUGCGGUAACAGACGACGCCAGAGUGACAGCUGAAGUCCUCAGUCAUUAUAAACAACAUAGAAAAUCUUAUCAUAAUUUAUAUCCAGAAUAUUGUUGUAUUCUCUUACGUAUUAUUGAUAUUCUCAUUCAUUUAUUGAUUACUAAUAAUGAUUAUAAACAAUAUCUAUUCAAUCAUCAAGAUAUUCUAUAUGGAAAUUUAUUACCAUUGUUAAUGUCUUCAAGUCAUCAGAUAAGAUUACAUGUUCUAAGAAUUCUAUUCGUAAUCAAUGGUGGUUUAAGCAAUUCUACUGAUGAACAAUAUAACUCUACUGUACAAAAUAUUAUUGAAAGAUGUUUAAAAGCUGAAAAAAUACAACUUGGACAUCAAACUGUACGUGAUUUUCUAAUGCAUAUACUUCAAUUACAUGCUGAUCGUGAUGUGAAAUAUUGUCGACAAGCGGCUGAGAUUGCUAUUCAUUAUUUAUUUGGUCUACUUCAUGUUCAAUUCACUGCUAUUUGGUCUCCAAUAAAUGAGGCUAUUGCAAGUUAUUGUGAAUCAAAUUCAUUAUUAAAGAAAAAAUCUACUAAACAUGAAAAUUCAUCUCAUGAAUUAGAGAUUAAAGAGAAAAAUUGGAACAUUGAAUGUAGAAAUUUAUUCUGGAGUGUAUUUCAACCAUUAUUAAUGGAUACAGAGACAAAAAUUGUUCAUAACAACAAUGAGGAUUUAUCAAAUGUUUCAGAUUCUAAAGAAACAAAUCUCUACACUUGUUCAUAUGAAACUGCCAUCAUGUGGUUCACAUCAAUUCGUCCAGAUUUAUAUAGUGUACAAAGAAAAACACCUAAUAAUCAUUGGUUAGUUAUUGAAUCGAGAAAACGUCCAGAUUGGUUAUCUUAUCGAUUAUGUUUAUGGCAGUGUUUACGUUGGAAAAUCGCUGCAAAAUAUACACAUUUUAUUACACCAUUAUUAUUGAAUAUAAUUAGUUCUGCUAUUCAAUCUGGUUUAAAUAAGUCAACAGAACAACUUCUAUUGACUAUCCUGAAUUUGUACUCUCAAUUCAAUAAUAUCAAAUCAAUUUAUAUGGAGAAAGAGUUCAAACAAAAUAUUUACCAAUUAUUAAAAUUCAAACAACCCACUAUACAAAAUGCAGCAUUCAAAUGUUUACUGGCUUAUAAACAAUCGGCAAUUAAUAAUUAUCAAGAACAAAUAGAAAAGAUUAUUAAUCCAAAAACAUUUCGUGAUGCAGUGCGAACAUUUCGACUGGACACAUCUUUGUACUCUUCGGAACAUCGUGAAUACAUUGGUGGAGUUUUGUCACGUAUAUUAUAUGGUCGAUUACAAUUGUCCAAAGGUCAAUUCACAUCAGCUGUAUUCACUAAUUUAGCACAAUAUACAAAUUCUGAAUUGAAUUUAUUUCUAAGCUUUUUAUUAGAUCCAUUUAUCAAAGAAACAGAAUGUAUUCAGUUGUCUACCAGUACUUAUAGUCCUACCACUAUAUCAUUAAGUGAUUGUAUUCAAUCGGCUCGACAACGUGUUCAACAUACAAUUGAUGGUCAAGAUACAUUAUCCUGGUCUCGAUUACAUGCAUUAUCACAAAUUAUCAAUCAAACAUUAAAUUAUAUGGGUCAUCGUUUAAAUAUUGUCCAUUUAAAUGAGAAUGAAGACGAUCUUGUUGAAAAUUCCAAUCCAAUAGAACUUUCCAAUGAUAUUCAACGUGCUGAUAUUCUAUUACGUUUAGCAUUAUCUUUAUUAGCUAUGGUGUAUGAGGUAAAAAAGAUUAAACUAGAAUCAACUAAUCAUAAUUAUAAUCGAUUACCUUUAACAUCUCAAUUAAAAGCUGUACGUUUAGCUGCUAUCAAUUUACUUGUCCAUUUAUUCUCAUCCAAUUGGUUAUGUGAAAUUGAAUUUUGGGGUAAAUCAAUUAUCACUAAUCAUGAUCUGGAUCAAAUCGUUUCGUCAUCAUCAUCUUCACCAUCAUCAUCAGCAGCAGCAGCAGAAGCAGAUCGUUCAAUCAUUGUCAAAGAAAUUUGUUGUAAUUCAUUUCUAUUAAAUGAUUUAAUUCAUAGUUCUACAUUAUCAUUAAAUCAUUUAAUUAUACAAUUAUGUUAUAUAUGGUCUAAAUCAACAAUCUAUAAUGGGUAUUUAUGUAAGAAAUUUUUUAAUCAAUCAUUAUUGGAUACAUUAUUUAAAUUAUUAAACAUGAAUAUGAAUACUACUAACAAUACUACUAAUACUAAAUUGAAAUUAAAGAAUGAGAUUAUUGAGAAGCUUGUAGAAAUUAUACAUAAUUUAACAUUUCUACCUGAUGUAUCCACUACAGGUCGUGUAUUAUUACAAUCUUUCCAUUCGGAAUUAGUCAAUUAUUUAAAUAAACGUUUACAAGAAUUAUGUCAAGUGAAAUCGACAUUUUUUGCAAAUCUUGGCAAAAAACCACAAUCAGGUUUACGUUUACAACGUGAAUUUCAAUUAGUCAGUUAUUUGGCUCAAUUACCUUGUCAUUCAAUUAACAGUAAUAAUAAUAAUAAUAAUCAUGCAGUUAUGAAUCAGCAUACCAAUAUAAAUUGUUUGACAUCAGUUGAUAGUGAACGAUUACUUCAAGCAUUAUUAAAAUUACUUCAACGUUCAUCAAUUCGUUCAUUGCGUAAUACCACUUUGACCACUAAGUCAGCAUCAUUUAAACAUCGUCUUGCUAAUAAUCUCUUAGUGAAUUCAGAUGAAUCAGCUAUACGUUAUGAUUUACAGAUGGCUACAGGUGAAGUGGUUGAAGCAGAACUUAUACAAUCUAUUCUUCAUCUUGUACAGAUUACAACAAAUAUUACUGAAUAUUUAAAAAAAAUAUUGGAUUUGUUUGUUUGUUCUAAAUCACGUAUUGCUCGUAGUCUCCUAUGUCAAGUAGUCGGUGUUUGUACAUCACGUUUAACAAAUUGGCCAAUGAAUCUAAUUGAAAUGAUUGAAAAGUUGAGUAAGAAUACUAAAGAGGAUAGUAAAGAAGAAACUGAUCAAGUUAAUAAUAAUUUGAGAUAUUUCAAGAAAUAUUUAUCAGAUCAUAAUCAAUCAAUUGAUGCAAUUAAUAAUCUAACUCAAAAUGUACUAUUAAUGUUAAAUUCAUGGGAUCUUACACAUAUUGAUCAACCAGAUAUACAUCAACGUGCUAAUGGUUAUAAUUUACUUAUUGAAUUAUGUAUAUUAAUAAAAAUCAAUAAUCCACCAGAACAAUUAUUAUAUUUACAUCAAGCUGGUUUAAAUUGUGCUAUUUAUACAAUAAGUCAUGAUGAAUUACAUUUACGUGAUAUUGCAUUAGAUUAUACAAUACAUUGUAUUGAAUCUAUUCAAUCAAGAUUAUUAAUGAAACAAAAUCUAGAUCCAAAUGUUACCAUAGAUACAGAUCAAUAUUAUCAUGAAUUAAUUAUUAAAUGUUUAUGGUUAAAUUUAAUGAAAUAUUUACAAGAUAUAAAUGUAUUAUCUAGUACAAAACGUUUACAUUUAUUACGUUUAUUAAAUUGUAUUAUACGUACAUAUCAAUUAAGGAAAAGAUUUUAUUCAUUAGCAUUAUUAUUAGAUAAUUAUUCAAUGAAUAAUGAUUUUUAUAAUAAUUUACAAAGUGGUACAUUAAUACGUCAAUGUUGUGCAAUACGUCGUUUAGCAUUGUUCUUACAUAAUCCAUUAACGAUUAUAUCACGUCGUCAGUUGAAUAAUAAUACCUUAGCAACUAAUAAUCACAGUAACAAUAGGGGUAAUAGGAACAAUUUCCCUAUAUCACAAAAAGAUUUACGUAAUAUCUUUUUACCAAUUAUAUGGUUUUAUUUAGAAUCAGAAUUCAAUUCAUCUAUUGAUAAUAAUAAUAAUAAUAAUCAUUUAUCAGAUAAUCAUAAAAAAUUAAUUGAUUAUUGUUUAGAUGCUAUAGAAGGGAUAGCAAAACAUUUUGAUUGGAAAUAUUAUCGAUUUUUAAUAGAAUCAAUAAUUCAUCGAUUAAAUACAUGUAUAAAUAUUCAUUUAAUAUCACAAAUUAUGAUACGUAUAAUUGAUGCAUUUCAACCACCAAAAUGGAAUACUUCAAUAGAUAUUAAUGAUGAUAAUGACGACGACGCGACGGCGACGAUAGAGAACAAAUGGAUGAUGAAGAAAGCAAAGAAAAGAAACAAGAUAUUCAUGAUCAUUUAA